AUGUUGGGUUUGGUGCUGGACUUGUUGGAGGAUCCUAAGGAGGAUUUGGUUCGCUGGGCGAAUCGGUCCGAAUCUUGUUUGAAGGAGUGGCGAUGGAUUGGACCUGCCGGAGGGGAUCUUCGAGUACCCAGUUUUCUCCGCUCCUGCGGAGAUGUCGUUGUCCUCGCUCGCUUAUUAUAUUCCUUUUUCCUUACUCUUUGCAUGCAUGGCGGCGAAGAUCUUCUCGAGAGAGGAUGGGGAUGGGACAGUCUAGUGACGUCCGAAUCGAGCCCAGAGGACAUGCCCACGUACAAGAAAUACCUCAAGGACUAUUACAGCCACAACACUGCUGAAUCUGUUGCCCAGGCGUGGCAGAAUGAGCACCAGCGGGAUGCCAACACAGCUUCUAAUGGCACCGGAGUCGGGACUGUCCUGCUGCCAACUCUUGCAAACUUGUGCAUAGAGGCUGAGGAGAAGUUUAUCUACAAGAGGAGGAUGUACAAGCUAGAUUUCACUACUGAUGAGAUCAAUCUCAGUAAAAAGAUCCAGGAGGGCUUUAUCACGAAGGAGGCUGAGUUGAUGUGCGAGUGGCUGGAGAUUGGGACCUAUGACCCACAUCUUUUCCCCGAGUGGUGCAUCCCCAUUAACAUUGCACGCAGGUGUGCUUUAGACUUCAUGGCAUACAAAGGCCCAGAAUCUAUCAGUGUAGCUGGGCUCUUGAUGGGCAUUGCUAAGGAGAGAAAGACAAUCUAUGAGGCCAUCAGGCAGGACCCAUGCGGAUCCAGAAAAGGCUCUUCCACUGCUAUCCUGUUGGAUGGGAUUAACACUGUUUGGGAGCUGACCUCUAACACUGUCGAAGAAGACGUGCAAAAUGUUGAAAGUGAAGAUGAGAUGCCAAAGCGACCAAUUGGACAAAAGGCAGCUAAAAAGGCAGCUAAAAGGGCCGCUCUUGCUGCAAAAGGCAAGUCAAAGGCAAUGGGUGAUGAUGGAAAAUUGAAGGAAUCCGCAAUUGAUGUGGGAAAGCUUGAUAAAUUGAGCAAGAUCCAAGAAGCUAAUGCAAACCGCAUGAAGGUGCUAGAAUUGCAGCAAAAGUUGUCUUUCGAUAAGAUUGAGACCACAAGGCUUGCCCAUCUAACAGCGCAGGAGAAUAGAGAGUCAGAAAAGCUAGAGAUGGAGAGGAGGCUUGAGAUGGAAUCAAAGAAGCUUGUGAUGGAGGGGACGAAGCUUGAGAAAGAAUCAAAGAUGAUGGAAGCAAUAACAACCUCAUCUCACAAGACACAAGUUCAAUGA